AUGUAUCUCACGAGGUUAGUGGAGAUGUAUCUUUAUAUCUCCAUAGCAAUGAGUCUGGAAGCCUUGUCUCUGGCAUCCUCAGCGACAACUGAGAACACUUGGGGAACAAGUGUGAGCUCUACUGAUAUUCUUGAUGCAACUGAUCAAGGGUUCGCGUUGGAAGAGGACAACAGUGAUUCCUUGAAAAGUCCGAAUGACACGCUGCAUGAAGAGCUUGACGAUAGAUGGGACAUUACGACAGUAAGCUUCGAAUACACUGUCGAUGAUACAACCAAGGUUGGCCCAUGGUCUUGGUACCCAAUAUCUUGGACAUGGGUUACUUUUGGAGAGCUUUUCGUUGGUCUGGUCGGCAUCAUCGGAAACCUCUUGGUAAUCAUUGUUCUCUUUCAACGGCGAGCUAAUAGCCGAUCUACGGACACCCUCAUAGGCGCACUUGCUGUGGCAGAUCUGUUUACUUCAAUUGCGUUGCUACCCGUCCAGUCCGCCAAAACAGUUCCCGUAUCUUUGUACGGACAGGUCUACUGCAAACUGGUCUGGCUUCCAAUGUGCUUGUGGAUUUGGACCUUCAUGUCAGGGUUCGUGCUGACUGCUAUCUCUGUUGAACGCUACAUCGCGGUCACUCAUCCGAUCUACUUUAACAGGAUCUUGACCAGACGACGAGUAUCUGAGGUGGUUGUCUUUUUAUGGAUCUUGUCUAUGUUGAUAUGCAUUCCGGGUACCUUCAGGGUUGACGUCGACAAAGUAAACCGUCGAUGUGAAUUUUUGGAAAUACCAUACGAGGUUGAUGUGGCCUUUUCUUUCUAUGUAACAAUGGUUCAGUCGUUCAUACCAACCAUCAUCAUGGCCGUUACCCAAACCUUAAUCGCCAUCAAGCUCAAAGCCCAGUCGAAGCGUUUUGAAGGUUCUAAAUCACACCACCUUGCCGCCAGCAGAGCUGUCAUCAAGAUGAUGUUCAUCGUUAUCAUCGCGUACAUUGUUUGUUGGACACCCACUAAAGUUUUGUUUUUGAUUACAACAGUGUUCCGUAGUCAAACAGAGUUGGAAUCUCCGAUUUCCAAAUGCUUCUUGGUUCUAGCUGCUCUCAAUUCCAGCAUCAAUCCCAUCAUCUACAGCAUCCGUUACCAGGAGUUCCGCAGCGCUGUCAGGGACUUGAUUGUCGGGGGAAAGGUUCAGAGUAAAGCGAUGUUCGAUGAUCCCAUUGUCAAUACCGACACGACUAACGAUGGAUCUGCUUAAAGCAACAUAUUCAAACAUGAAGUUCGCAAGGUUUUUAAUUGCAUGUUAUUGUAACAGGGUGUUACUAAAGGGAG